AUGGCAGAUGCACCAGGAAGAGUAGUCGAGAUUAGCGAAAAUAAACUUGCUAUUGCCGCAGCGAUUAUACCAUCGUCAAUUGCGGGUUGCUUAAUUCGCAUUGCAAUAACUCGAUUACAGGAAUAUUCUGGUGCGCCAGUAUUCGGCAUUGUGUAUGCUCAGUGGGUCGGUUGUUUGAUUAUGGGAAUUGCAAUGAAAAAGAAGGGUUUACUAGUUUCAUGGUAUCACCCAUUUCAUCCAGCGAUUACUAGUGGUUUAUGCGGGUCUAUAACUACGUUUUCAUCAUGGCAGCUGGAUACAUUUAAAGAAUUUGCAAAUUAUAAUGCCUAUCCGCAUACAAGGGGAAAGAAUGUCUUGGCCGCUUUGUCUGAAUUUCUCGUGACAAUGGCGGUGGCCUUGAACGGCCUUGUCUUUGGUCAGCAUAUUGGUGAGUUGUAUUUUCCAGUAAUUUAUGAGCAAAGAAUAAUCCCGCGUGGAUUUUCAACAAAGUAUCUUGACAAAAAGGACUACUUUACUAUUGUGUUCGGUAUUUUAUCUUGGAUAGGAGUUAUUCUUGCUUCUAUUUUUACCAAAGAUCAAAGAGGAUUAGCUUUUUCAUGCGUGUUCGCACCAGUAGGUGCUCUUACACGUUGGUACCUGUCAUUUUAUAACGGGAAAUGGUCUCAUUUUCCUAUUGGUACAUUUAUUGCCAAUCUAUUUGCAACUAUCGUUCUUGCCGUUCUAUCACUUGUGCAAUCGGGUGUUUCUCUAAUUUCAAUUGCAUGCGACGUGGUGGAUGGGUUAGCCACCGGCUAUUGUGGCUGUUUAAGCACGAUAUCGACUUUUAUGGUUGAGUUGACUAGUCUUGGUAGAAAGGACAGCUAUAGAUAUGGAUUUAUUUCAGUUGUAGUCUCGCAAUUUUUUAUGUUCAUUAUAAUGGGUUCCUACAUUUGGUCUCAGGGUGUCUACCCAACAUGCUUGUGA